AUGCAGGAGUCGCCGUUCGCUGACAGUCGAUCGGGCUCUGAGGAUGAUAUGCUGGAAUACGAGGACGGGCCUUUUUGCACGUGCGGUCCGUGCAAGACGAGGCGCGCACUGACGGGACCCGAGAAAGGUCUCAUCGCGCUGGCACUCGUUGCUUUCGUCGUUAUUAUCGUCCUUGCUGCUCAUAUUGGCGGGAAGGAGGAGGUCAAAGUACCGCCGAAAUGCGAGUCUCCUGGCUGCCUAUCUGCGGCUAGUUCCAUCCUUUCUGCCAUGGACACGAGUGCCGACCCAUGUGAGGACUUCCACAAGUACGCAUGUGGUGGCUGGCUGCAGGAGACGCCCAUACCACCAGGGUACCCAAUCUGGGACCGCUUCCAGGAACUGGCGUAUAAAAACUGGUUCAUGCUCAAAACAUUAAUUGAAACACACAAAAUGGAAGGAGGCGUGCAGAAGAAGUUGCGGGACUUUUACCGAAGUUGCAUGGACGAAAGUCAAGUGCCGCGUGCAGAAGCGCUCAGCAGAUUCCGAUCACUGCUUACCAACGUCACUAGUGGCGGCGGGGCUGGGGCGCUCCCCAGGGCAGGCACUACGCAUCAGAAAUGGGACAUUACUGGAACGCUACUGUCCAUACAUAAACUCAACUUCUGGCCGCUGUUCCAAGUCAUGAUUGGACCGGAUGAAAGAAACCCGAAUGUCAAUAUCAUUAAGAUCAAGCCUGGUCACUCGCCGUUCCCGUACAACAUAUUCAAACAGGGUGCCGAGAGGGCGCUUAGUAAACGCAGCUCAAACAUCACAAACAGUAUCAACGGCACUGACCCCGACGCUACUUCACAACCGAAUGUAAAUGAAAUUCAGAUCGAAAUGACAGACAACAAGACAGACUCAACUAACCCUGAAUUCAACAUCAAUACCACAGAGACUCCUGAUCCUACCACAACGAAGAAACCACACAUUAAGGAUACGCAUCUACAUCCAAAGGAGAAUGUAACCGAGCUGGUAAACGACUACCUACGAGAGACAACAGGUUUGCUCCAAGCGCUCUUGGAACAUACUAAGGAGCAAGCUGAAAAGGAGGCACAAGACAUCCUACAGCUGGAGAAACAACUCUCAUUGGCUUAUGAUAUAGAACUUCACAUCCACAACCGGACACGGGCUUACAAAGCUAUAGCUGUAAAAGAUUUGCAAUCAAAAUGCUCUAUGAUCAACUGGUCGUUCUACCUGAACAACUUACUGACGGAAGGAAGUGGAGCAGCACAUGUCGUCAAACCUGAAACGAAAGUGAUAGUCCUCCACGAGGGGGCGCUCAAACAAGUCUGUAAUGUCGUGCACGAGAACAACAGCAACGACGAGAAAAAGGGCAUACUAGAGAGGUAUGUUUUACUGGGUCUGGCAAGGUCAAUGAAGCCCUUCUUUGACCUCACAACAUUUCAACCCGAUGUUAACCACGACAAAGAAAUGGAGGCUGAAGGUGAGCAUUGGCGUCGCUGUAUCUUUUACACCAACAAGGCGUUAGGACUCGCCACCGCUGCCGUAUAUGUUAACGCGACGACGAUCGACGCGUCUCUUGCUCAGAAUAAAGGAACAGAUAAUAAAACUUUGCAGAUUACAACUCUGGUAACCUAUGUGAAGAGAGCCUUCAAGGAAUACCUUCUGAGAAAGAUCUGGAUGGACGCGAAGACAAGGAAAAAUGCCGAGAAAAAGCUUGAUGAGAUGAUUGAGAAAGUGGGCUACCCGUCUUUCAUCCUCAACAACACGUUCCUUACCAACUUAUACACCAAUUUUACCAUUGGCGAUAACUGGUUCAACAAUUUGCUCAACUGGAGAAAGUUUACCAUUACAAACAUGGUAAAUUCUCUGAGUAAAGCGUUUGACAGACUUAAUAGCUGGAAUAACCCUCCUUUGUCAGUAGAUGCGGACUACAGUCCUGUCAGGAACGACAUAACCCUUCCUAUUGCACUUUUUCACCUUCCCAUAUAUAGCCACGAUGGGCCCAGUGCAUUUAACUUUGGUGCAAUUGGAUCUAUAAUAGGGCACGAAAUAACACAUGCAUUUGAUAUCCAAGGUCGGCAGUACGACGGUCAAGGUCGUUUUCGCGACUGGUGGGAUCCCAUGACGGCCAAGAUGUUCAACGAGACUACCUACUGUAUGAAGGACCAGUAUGACCACUUAAAGAUAGGAAACAUGACGAUACACGGAGCUCAAACGUUGGGAGAAAAUAUAGCAGAUAAUGGUGGUUUACGAGCUGCUCAUAUAGCGUAUGAGUUAUGGGUGCAAGAGCAUGGUGAGGAGCAACCGGUUGCAGGACUGGACCUCGACAACAGACAGUUGUUCUUCGUCUCUUACGCCCAAAUUUACUGCUCAAAGUGGACCAUGUCGGGCAUAACGAAUUUCCUCAUGAGAGAUACACACAGCCCAGGUCCUUAUAGAAUCGAGGGUGCCUUAUCCAAUUCACUUGCAUUUUCUGAUGUGUUCAAAUGCUCUAACGUAGCGAGGUUCAACCCGUCCAUCAAGUGUAGAGUAUGGUGAAAUACUGACUAGAAUAUAUGGUCAUUCAAGGACCAUGCAAUAUAGACCUACAAGACACAAUCAAAAUACAUUCUGCUUAAAUAACGAUGGAUGAAUUGUAGAUGGUACAAGUAUUGGACGAUGGUAACGAUGAGAAUGCAAAAUCGCAGCGGACUGAGUCCGCGGGGCAGAUGGAUCUCAUAUU